UAAAUAGAAUAGAAAGAGCCCGUAAGGCAAAACCAUCAAAAUUAGGUGUCGAACCUUGAUCCAGCCAUGGACUCCACCUUACCAGCACCAACGUCGAAUCCUUCACCCUCCAUUAAAUCUUCAUCCUCUUCUUACAAAUUCAAGCUCCCGGUCAAACGCAAAAACGAUGAUCUCAUCUCCUCAAACCCUAACCACCAAAACGCAGCAGACGACGAGGAGGACGAUGAUGAGGAAGAAGAAGAUGGAGAUGGUGCCUAUGUAAGGAUCGCUUCAGGCGAUCGCAACAAAGCACCGUUCAAAUUCCACCGGAUAUGGACUGAACCAGAUGAGAUUCGAUUUCUUAAUGGCCUCCUGGAUUGUGCCUCUGAUGGUCUUUCUUUCCCUAGGGAUCUUCAUAUCUUCUAUUCUAGAUUCUCCGGCACAAUGUCUAAACCAUAUUCAAAAUCGCAGCUAUCCGAGAAGCUUCGUCGCCUGCGGAAGAAAUUCAGAGUGAUCUCGUCGCGACUCGAGAGGGGACUUGAUAAAUCGCUUCUAUCUCCGCACGAUCGAGCGCUCUAUGAUCUCUCUAAGCAGCUUUGGGAUCCGGGGUUUGGUUCAAGAUCUCCGUUUGUUUGCGGAAACAACAGCUCCAACUCAAAGAAAUCCAAAAACAACUUGAUUGGGAUAAAAGUUAGCUUCUCCCCAUCUCUGCCCUCCAUAUCCACUACAUCAAUGCCCAACAAUCAAGAACAACAUGAUGAUGCUAAACUGAGGGAGGUGAAUGUUGAAUUCAUGGGUAGUUUCGAUGGAGGGGAUUUGGGGAUGAUUGCGGCAAAGACAGUGAUCAAUGUGUUUGAUCAAAGCUUGAAAGAGGUCAGAAUGACCCUUGUUGGUUCAUCAUCUUCUUCUUCGAAAGAAGAUGAAUUUGAGAGAAGAUGGAGAGAGCAAAGAGUGGCGGAGCUGGACGUUUGGGCUCGACGAAUACGGUUAGUUCUUGAACAAUCACUUGUGAAGCAAUAGAUAAUGAAUUUUGUGUAACAAACAAUGCCAUUGAUGUAUAGGAGUAAGCUCUAGUUCAAAUGAAUUUGGCUUAUGGUAAUGGAAAUGAAACCCUCAAAUAAAGAUGUUUCAUUUCCUUC